AUGGCAGAAAGCUUGCCAACUAAUUAUAAACCUAGCAAGACUAUAACCAGAAUCACAUUGGACCCGCCGGAUAUGUUUGAUGUUACACCAGGUCCACGAAAAUGGUAUUCAUGGACUCCUAGGCAAGCGAAGUUGGCGCAAUCGUCGUUGACAGACUCGACACGAUUGCCGUCACAGCCACUUAAAACCCAUGCCCAUGACAAAUCCAGUGUGGAAAUCGCAGCCUUAAAACCCAAAGAUUGGAAAAGAGUUUCAGUGAAGCAUAGAGUGAAGUUUGAACGGCUUUCAGAAGUCUGGAAAAAUGCUAAGAGUGAUCCUGAAUUGAUAAAAAUAAUUAACGCUAAUGGCGUUUGUUUUAAAGAAGAGUUCUCAAUUGGCAACGGCAGUUAUGGCACAGAAGUGUAUGUUUGCUUGGGGUCUGACGGGAUAGAACGAGCGAUAAAACGUUUGCCAAAAGUCUUGUGUACUUUAUUGAAGAAUGAACGAGAUAUCUUGAUGUCUAGGAAUGCAGUCGUUUCGCCACGUGUUGUGAAUUAUUGGUUCUACGAUGAUACCUCCAGUCCUGACUUUGGUUAUUUGAUUUUGAAUUUGUAUGAACAAAAUCUUGAAGAAUUCAUCAAGGAGAAAGGCGAAACUAUAACAGAAUCUCGUGCUAGAAAGAUGAUACGUCAAGUGUUGGAAGGACUGAAAGCAUUACAUGCUAGAGAGCCUAGAAUUUUACACAGAGACUUGAAGCCGACCAAUAUACUUGUUGAUGCGAGUGGUGAUUUAGUGCUGUCUGAUUUUGGUAUUGGACGGUUUUUCCCGGAACAAGGUAUUUUUACAAGAUAUGUAUAUAUUUAACAAAAUUACAGAUAGGGAAUCCGUCGUUAGGGGCUGAUUACAUGGGCCGUGUUGUCCCGCUUUGCCGAGUUGUUCCGGUGUCACAGCGGAUUUGGACUCCCCGCGGAUAUGGAUCCCCCAGUCCAUAUUAGCUAGCGGAUUCGGACCCCUCCGGUACAUAUCCGCUAGCUGAUAUGUACCCCCUUCCGCGGAAUUGGACCCCCUAAAAUUCACAAAAAGAAGAAGUUUUGAAGGAGUGUUCCCGGGGGGUGGGGGAGUUGUUCACAACAUGGCGACUACUAUAAACGGACAGAAAUAUAGUCAUAAAAUACUGCGAAUUGCCAUAAAAUUCCGAGUAAUAUCUGUGAAGGUGAAUGGGUAAAUAAAGCACGGUGUUAUUUUAUAUUACUGGCAAGAAUGACCGACAAUAUUUUGAAUAAUUCAGGUAAGGAUGGCUUUAUUUCUUUCUCGUGUAGUCGGGUGACUUCGUGUCUGCCUGUAUGUCUGGUGAUACACUGAUCUAUUUGUCAAUAAUGCCUUUUUAGUAUAAUUACAUAGGUGAUUAUUGAAAAUUCUCCAUGCUGAUUGGUUGCCGUUGAGGUGAUUAUUAUGCGAUAAUCACCUAAAGCUCCGUUUACACGAGCAAAUUUUAUUUGACAAAUUUCAUAUGUCAAAAUAUUUUGCUCGUGUAGAUGAUAAAUUCAGUUGUGACAAAUUUAUUGUGACAAAUCAUUUGAACAAAAGCUAGCAUGCUAGCUUUUGAUCAAAUGCUUUUGAUUAAAUGAAAUUUGUCAAAUAUAAAAUUUUGCUCGUGUAAACGGAGCUUAAGCGAUUUUCAAAAUGGCGGCCGAAGCCUUUUUGUCAAUUAAAUGACGAAGAAAUGUGUAUUUUCUUAUUUUUUUCCAAAUAGUCACCUAUGAAAUUAUACUAAAACAAUUAUUCACCUCAGGCUCGGUGAUUAUCGUGAAUAAAAAUCUCGACUUCGUCUCGGUUUUUAUUCACCGAUAAUCACCUCGCCUUCGGUACCCUGCUGGCAGUGGUUUCUCAGAAACCACUGCCAGCAGGGUACGUUUUCGGCGAAUAAUUGUUAAAUAUUGAUACAUACAAUUGUGAAUUCAUAAAUACGGGCCAGUAAAAAUAGGAUUCUUUUGUCGUAUGUGUGACUCUAUCGGGUGGUAAUAUGUCUUGUACGUGAUUGUAAAGUCCUAGUAUUUAUAUGUAGCUUCACAUAUGAGUAUUUUUUGCGGAAAUAGGUGCAUGUAAAAGCGGGAAGGAUGGACAGUAAUAUAUAAGGAAGCGAUCAUAAAACUAGUUAUUAGAUAAUAAUUAUUACUAUUGCAUGUUGUGGCUAAAUUUUUGCGAAAGUUUUUGUUUUAUAUUAUACUGGAUUAUUCCUUUGAUUGUAUAUGCCUCUUGAAUUGUUUACUUUAAUUUCGAGAAUUUGAGCAUACUAAUUGUGUUUCGCAAUAUAUAUUGUUUGCUUUAUGUUCCGAUACACAGGAAAUGAAAUUAGUAAUUAAUUUUUACCCACUGAAUAAAAUUUUCCGUGUAACUAAAUUUCCAAAAUUGUCGUUGGGAAGUAGACAAAAAUAUUUUCCUAUUUGUCAAUUCCUCGUUACCGUUUACAUAUUUCUGGUAUUUUCAAAUACCAUAUUACAUGUAAUGUCUUCUCUUUAAAUUUAUUUCCCCCAAUUUUUGCCCGAAUUCAUACGUUUAUAAUUUGCAUGACUUUAUUGUUAAAACAUGCAUACGUGUGGUUUUCAGCCCGCUUUGCCGAACCAACUCAGCAAAAAGCGAUGACAUGAGAUGUGUGGGCAAUUUCUGUCCCGGCUAAGCGAGUUGACUCUGCAUAUAUUCCGGCAUUCCGGGUUUUCAUAACGCCCCCAAGCUUGACGGGUUCUGGCGAGUAGCGGGUCGUUUAUAUUUCGCAGGUGUAGGCGGGAAACAUGACCACUGAGACGGCCGGUCGAAACAAAUUAUAUAAUAUAAGAAGUUUAUAAUAAUGUGUCGCAUCCUCGUUCAACAUUAAAUAUAAGAUAUAUGCAAAGAUUUAAAACUCAAUAUAAGCCUGUAUAGACUGUGUAGCGCGAUUAAACUAAACUUUGGCCAUCUCACGGAUAGUUUCUAUAUUAUUUAAAACAGAUCGUACUCUAUUUUGAUGUAAGUUUAAAGAAUUAGAAAUCUGCACAAUUUUGUAAGUGAAACAAAUAUAAGACAAAGACAAGGCCUUGACAACAAAAUAAUUCGCUCGAUGAUCUUUUAUAGACAUUACUGUCCAAUACGAAUCACUGUGUCUGUGACAUUUUUCAUAACUUUUCCGAAAAACAUUUUUAAAGGGUAUGGGCAAUGAAAAUUGCUUCAUCUAUCUUAUUGCUUCAUCUGAAAGAGCAUGAAAAAAUAAGCCGAUUGGCCGUUUACUGCUCUAUUCUAUCUCAUCUGGUUCCGAAGUUAUACGCAAAAAUGUGCAAAAUAUAAAUUGCUGAUUCAGCACAUUCUGUGACGUCAUAAGCUGGGUAAGUAUGUUUAUUGAAUAGUAAACUAAAGCAUAGCUGAGUUAUUAUUCGCUCAAAUCAAAUGAAAUUUUGCAUACAGAUAGUACAUGAUGAGACGCAUGGGAAAAUACUUCUAAUUUCGUUGUCAAGGUAACACAGUCGUUCCCAGGCCCCUUACACUGAUUUUGAAUAACUAGUUGCAUUUCUCUAUGUGUAUGUCAUUUUCGAAUUAUUAUCAUGCAAGUAAACUUUCGGCAUGCAUAGGUAUCGUACACAUACUUCUGAUAUUAUUUUAUUUUUAUCAGUACCUUGAAUAAAGCUGUUUUAUAAAAUUGGUGCAAGGGGCCUGGGAGCGACAUUGUUACCUUGGCAACAAAAUUAGAAGUGUUUUUCCAUGCGUCUCAUCAUGUACAAUCAGUAUCCAAAAUUUCAUUUGAUUUGGGCCCUUAAUAACCGAGCUAUGCUUCAGUGUAGUAUUCAAUAAACAUACUUACCCAGCUAAUGACGUCACACGUUGUGCUGAAUCAGCAAUUUAUAUUUUGCACAUUUUUGCGUAUAACUUCGGAACUAGAUGAGAUAGAAUAGAGCAUUAAACGGCCAAUCGGCUUAUUUUUUCAUGCUCUUUCAGACGAAGCAAUAAGAUAGAUGAAGCAAUUUUCAUUGCCCAUACCCUUUAACGCACGCGAAUUAAUAAAAUUCUUACUACUUUACAGGUGCAACUGCAUACUGUACUGGUAACGAACGUGGAUCAAAAGGCUGGAUCGCAUAUGAAUGCAUUGACUGGGAUGGUUUGUAUUCUGAUGAGGUGCGGGACCCUUCAGAUGGACCAGUGCAAUUCAAGUGGAAAGAGAAAUCAGAUAUCCAAGUGGCAGGUAUGAUAGCAUUUUACAUCUUGACCAAAGGAAAGCAUCCAUUUGGUCCUCCAAUACAUCAAAUGAUAAAUUUGCAUAAUGGCAAACCAGUGGGUUUAAGCAAACUCAGUGAUCCUGUGGUGAAAGACCUGCUUUCUCAGAUGUUGGCUCAGAAGUUAGAUGAACGACCAUAUGUAGAGCAAGCCUUGAAGCACCCUUACUUUCUCUCAUCCGAAGAGCAGAUGACGUUCUUAGAAGCUUUGGGCAACGAGCCUGAAAUAAAGAGUUUUUGGAGCGAUCCCAACUGUGCAGUUUCCAGAGAGCUAGACAACCGUGAUCUGUCAAAACCUCGAAGCUCAUUGUUACCAUUUGACUGGAAAGCAGUCAUCGAUCCAGAUGACCUCAACACAUUUUGUGCAGGAGGUCAUACUCGCCCGUCCAGUUUUGAUGGUAUUCGUUACACGCAUUGUCUUCGAUUCAUAAGAAAUGCUCGUCAGCAUUGGGGUGAUAAACCACGUCCACCAUUGAAAGCUAUGGGAACAGCUACUUCUCCUGACGAGUAUUUCCUGUAUUUAUUUCCAACACUCCCGCUUGUUGUGCAUCAAAUCAUCAGAAGCCAUCCUGACUGGAAAACACGCCAUUCCUUGAAGGAGUUUUUCCCCGUGAUAAACCGUCGCGUACUGUCGGUUGAUGAAGACUGA